AUGCCUCAGGGUCUCUGUGCCUGCGACCAAAUCCCUGGGAUUUUUUCUUUUGGAAACACGACGUGCUUCAUGGAUGCCCCUCUAAUGGCAAUGCAAUGCGACGUGAAAGGAUGGUCAAAGCUCAAUCCCCGUACCAAGUUGUGGAAACCAUUUUCAUGCCUGGAUACAUGGUCCGCGUCAUCAUCCUGGUAUGUUCGAGCCCGUUACAUGGUAGCGGACAAAUCAUACGAGAAAUUCAUGAAAUCUUUGAACAGCGCCUCCCAUCUCACAGUCGUCCUUUCGACUGCCUUUGCCAUGUGCGCCGGCCCAUUACUCUCUCCAUUCGCUCGCGGUAAGACGAAACACCUUCACGCGAAUACCCCUGCUAACGCGCUGGCGAUCCAUGCUUAUAGUACCAAUGGCCACACCUCUGUGACUCCUUCACGGGAGAAGCCUCAAGUCGCCCUCAACCAGUUCUUCUCAACAACCUCCGAAACCCCAGACUCAACCGCCAAAAUUGCUUCGACUACGUCAUGA